GGGCCGGUCCCGCCGGGUUUCCGGGAGUGCGGCGGCAUGGAGCCAUCGCCGGCGGGGGCGGAGGAGAGGGGUGGCCGCUUCCGUGCCAGCGAGCACCAGCACGCUCGAUACAACCCGCUGCGGGACGACUGGGUGCUGGUGUCGGCCCACCGGGUGAAGCGGCCUUGGCAGGGUCAGCUGGAGAAGCCGCCCCCCGAGGAUGUGCCCCGCUGGGACCCCGACAACCCCCUCUGCCCCGGAGCCACCCGGGCCAACGGCGAGGUGAACCCCCAGUAUGAGGGUACUUUCGUCUUCCCAAAUGACUUCCCUGCACUUCAGCCUGAUGCUCCAGAGCCUGAUGACAGUGAUCACCCCUUGUUUCAAGCUGCCCCAGCCCGGGGUGUGUGCAAGGUGAUGUGCUUCCACCCCUGGUCGGACCUGACGCUGCCCCUCAUGUCCCUGCCAGAGAUCCGGGCUGUCGUCGAUGCGUGGGCAGAGCUGGCGACCGAGCUGGGUGCUUCCUACCCCUGGGUGCAGAUCUUCGAGAACAAGGGAGCGAUGAUGGGCUGCUCCAACCCGCACCCCCACUGCCAGGUGUGGGCCAGCAGCUUCCUCCCGAACGAGGCGCGCCUGGAGGACCGGACCCAGCGCCAGCACCUGAGCCAGCACGGUGUGCCCAUGCUGCUGGAGUAUGCUGAGCAGGAGGCUCGCCGAAAGGAACGGCUGGUGGUGGAGAAUGCAGACUGGCUGGUUGUGGUGCCAUACUGGGCUACCUGGCCGUACCAGACCCUGCUGCUGCCCCGCCGCCACGUCUGCCGCCUGCAGGACCUCAGUGACAGCGAGAGGGACAGGAGAGGUGCUGCGGGUGACCCCACUGCAUACCUGGCAAGCUGCUGGCCAGCUUGGGGUGUGAAUCACUUCACUUUUCUGCAGACCUGGCCUCCAUCAUGCAGAGGCUGCUCAUCAAGUACGACAACCUCUUCGAAGUCUCCUUCCCCUACUCCAUGGGCUGGCAUGGAGCCCCCACAGGCCCCUACCUGGAGGAGGACUGCAGGCACUGGCAGCUCCAUGCCCACUACUACCCGCCCCUGCUGCGCUCUGCCACCGUCCGCAAGUUCAUGGUGGGAUACGAGAUGCUGGCACAGGCACAGAGGGACCUCACCCCGGAGCAGUGUUGGCAGGUGCAGACCAACCUCCUGCAGCACCUUGUGUGCACGGACUGGUCUGGAAGAUGUUUUUCUGCAGCAGUUGGGCUGUUGUUGCCUGUCCUGACCCUUCUUGCAUUUCUACUCCAAAAGAAAUGGUGAUUCUUGACAGAUCCUCGUGGAAUCUGCUCCCAGGGUAUUCGAGCUGAGACUGAGGAAGGAGCUCAGCAAUGCACAGUGCUGAACUUCACCAUCAUCAUCCUCAUCCUCAGGUUGGCAAUGGGGCUCAGCAAGGCCAGGAGCUGCAGCACAUGGACAGAUGCCUGGUGGAGGGAACAGUCUCCUCAGGGUUCCCUGCAUUGAAAAGAGGGUAGAUCCACCCCAGAAAUGCCUCAUCCUGGGGCCAAGAGAGUGAACUUCAUUAUCACCCUGCUUCUUUUGAGAAGCAGCAUCUCAGGGGUGUCUGUUGCAUUUUUACCAAUUUAAACACCUAAUCUGAAAGAGAAGAACCCUAAUUUGAGAGGGAUGUACUGGCCUGGAAAGUGCAUGAGCACUGUUCCUGACCACGCUGCAACAAUGAUCUCCACGCCUCCAGCACCACAGAUGUCCUGAAAAAGCCCAAACUGCUCUGUGAGGAUGGUGGCCACUUCUCAGAAAAGGUUAUGGACUCUGUGAUCAAUAGCUGAAGACUCUCACUGCUCCACAUUAGGGCUGAGGAAUGGGGGCUGUGGCUGGUUAGGUACAGAAAAGAGCUCUGGACUACAUCAGAAGCAUUUAAGAUGUCAGAUUGUCUUUAAUCAUGAAAAUACAAAAGCAAGAAUCUAGUCUGACCACUUGGCUGUGCUGAAAUAAUAGCUCAUUUAGAAGAAUUUAAGCCUAAAAGCUAACAUUUUUGGUGUGUAUUUAUAACAGAAAGGCACAGGGAACCUAUCUACACUGUGUUUAAUUUCUUUCACAAGCUCCUUUGAUCCAGGUGUUACUGCCCAGGCAAAACUGGCACAAGUUCCUUCGGAGGCAUGACCAACCAUGCUGCUGUGAGCUGCCCAGCACUGCAACUGAGAGUGGAUUCAUUUAAUUGAGUGUUUGGGCUAGCUGCACCAGCCAGAAAUCUUGCUUCAGCUUGUUGCCAUGAGCUCAUUACCUUCAAAAUCCAAAGCCUUGCCUACCUCACGGGGAUGGAAAAAUGGGGCACUUGCCAGGUGCCUGCAGCAGGUCUCAGCUACAGCGUGUUGGGUGAUGUACAGGAUGAUGCUGGGACGGGGUGGAGGGACACCCAGUUUGACUGGGAUGGAGCAUGGGAGGUAUUUUUGCAGCCUCUUGAAUGCCUAUGGUAUCCCUGAAGACGAGGGGAUGGAUUCUGGGUUUCCAGCAUUUUAUCACUCUGUCUGCCCCAGGGCAAGCAGGAGGAUGAUGAGCCCUGGGAAAAUCAGGCAUCGCUUUCCUUUGAAGGCAGGAAGAUGACUGCUGGUCCUGCUCCAAGCUCCUCCUGCCCUGGCCUUCAGGGUACAGUUAUUUUUGCAGAGAAGGGUGGCCCAUUUUGAACACAUCAGAGCCAAGCUGGACCACAGAUCCAUCUGGCAGGGAAGACAAACACACUGCCUGGGCUUCUCCACUAGCUCAUGCCUAGCACAUGCCCAGUAAAGCCUGCUCCCUCUCCCAAAUAAUAUUUCAGCCCACUACAAGCUCUGGGAUUGCUGGAGCAUGGCAAGUUUAGCUGCUGAUCACUCCUUUACUAAGAGGCAGUGAAGAAUGUAUUUAUUCCCUCUGAACCUUCUCCAUGCCUUUAAGGACUAUUAUCCUCCCUGGCUGUACACAAUCUCUUUUCCAGGCAACAAUGUCUCCCACCUGACCAAUUUGUCCUGGUGCAGAAGAUUUCCCAGACCUUGGAUUGUCUCCAUUUGGGGAUCUGUGAGAGCAGGAGCAUACACACUGUCCGUGUGUACAGAUUUACAUUGUUACAUGGAGAUGUUGGUGUUUUGCUAUUAUUUCCUGACAACUGGUACCACUCUCUGGAGCAGCAGGACCUAGCUCAUGAGCUUGGCAGUGCCCCAGUUUAUUUCCUUUGUGUAAAUCAACCUCGUAUCUCAUUUGUCAUCUUGUUGAUAAGCAGUUUUGGCAGGCCUUUUGGCAGCUUUUAGAAAUCAGGUUACCCUAAACACAUGGUGCUGGCAGAAGAUGUCACCUCAGUGUCUACACCCUUCCCUAAUUGAUUCAUGCGCAGACUGAGCAGUGCCGGUGCCUGUGCUGCCUGCCUGAAGGGCUCUGCCCCUCUGCUGAGGAACUGGCCAUGCAUCCCGGCCUGUUUGUCCAUUGCUAACUGGGAGAAAAUAUCCCUGCUCUUCUGCCACCACCUCAGCCCCUUUAGGGGUCGUUUUGCUGCUUGUCUUCAGGUUUGUUUUGAGACCAAGCAUAGAAAAACUUGCAGGAUGGGAGCCCUUCCAAACCUGCUUGCAGUGGGUUUGAAUAGUAAUGGUCCUCUGCUUUGUUCUGCCGUGGGCUUGUCCUCAGCUGAUCAUCUCCUGCAUCAGGGGAGGAAUAACCCCAUGCACCAGCACAGAAUGGGGGCCGACCAGCUGGAAAGCAGGACAAGGACCUGGGGCUCCUGCUGGACAACAAGCUGUCCAUGAGCCAGCAGUGCCCUUGUGGGCAGGAGGGCCAAUGGUGUCCUGGGGCGCAUUAGGAAGAGCGUUGCAGCAGGUCAGGGACAUGAAUCUACCCCUCUACUCAGCCCUAGUGAGGUGCAUCUGGAAUGCUGUGUCCAGAUCUGAGCUUCUUAGUACACGAGAGACAUGGAGCUCCUGGAGGGGAUCCAGCAGAGGGCUGUGAAGGUGACUGAGGGACUGGAGCAUCUCUCUUAUGAGGAAAGGCUGAGAGAGCUGGGUCUGUUCAGCCUGGGCAAUAGAUGACAGAGAGGGGACCUCAUCAAUAUGUACAAGUAUCUGAAGGGUGUGAGAGGAUGGACCACGCUCUGGUCGGUGGUUUUGUGCCAUAGGGCACGAGGCAAUGGGCAGAAACAGAGGCACAGGAAGUUCCAUCUGAAUAUGAGGAGCCCUGUGCAGGUGUCAUGGGUUA